GAGAUGAAGACCAAGGGGACUCCGAGGUCAGCAGCAGCAGCAGUAGCAGCACCAGCAGCAGAAAGCGCAGCAGCAACGGCAGCAGCAAGAGCAGCAGCAGCAGGAGCAGCAGCAGCAAGAGCAUCAGCAAAGAAGAUGUUGUUGCAGCAACGCGGAAGGAGAUAAAGCAGCAGCUGGAGUCAGGGGCGGUUAAGCCCGACGUGCUGCUGCAGGAGCUGCAGCAGCUGCAGCAGCAGCAGCAGCAACAGCAGCAGCAGCCGCAGACGCUGGAGCAGCUACUUGACUGGCUGGCUGCAGCAAGACACGGGCAGCUGCCAGCAGCAAAUAGCGGCAGCAACAAGCAGCAGCAAGAAACCCCUACGGCUUCGGAAGCAAAAGCCGGAGACAGCGGCGGGCUGCAGCUGCUGCCAGCAGGAGAUGCUGCUGCUGCUGCUGCUGCUCCGGAUUUGCUGCAGCAGCUUUUUGGAGAGCAGCAGGAGGUGUCUAGACACCCCAGCAGCAAACGCCGCAUUGACUUCCUGCAGCCAGAGCAAGCUGAGCUCAAGCAGCAGCAGCAGCAGCAGCAAAACAGCAGCAGCAGCAGCAGCAGCGACAGGAAGCAGGAGCAGGAGACUAAUCCUCAUUUGUUGAACUUAAUCAAAAAAGCUGCAGCAAAAAGUGACGGGCUUGUUGACACCCUCAGAAAGGCAUUUGCUGAUAAGGAGCUGCGUGCUCUUGCUGCUCUUGCUGCUUCUAAGGGACUUGCUGCAGCACAGGCAAAAGCAGCAACAGCAGCAGGCCGCUAUCUCCUAGCGCGCCUUCAUGACGAGGGCCUCCUUUCUAGCUAG